CAUGUAUCAUUAAUGGUUCCUUCCUGUUUCCAGGUGUCGUUUCGGCUUCAUCCGCGUGCUGUAGCGCAGACGUUUCUUCUUCUGCUGUAGAUCAAACUCCAAUGGUUGGCUCUGGCAAUGCGUGCAUCGCAUGUUUCCAGUGCGAUGAAGAUUUUUCUUUGUGGGACAAUUUCAAUAGCCAUUAUUUGCGGGCACACAGCGAUGCACAGUCUGCUCUUUGCGCCGUGUGCCUGGGCAUUCCUCUCCACCCCAUGGAAUCCCACUUAAAGGCGCACGAAUUGGUGGCCGAUAAGUUCAGAUGUCCUUACUGCAGCGCUAAGCUUCUCGACGAUCGAAAACUCACAGAGCACUUGCGAAUAUUCCACCGAAGGUUCGUCAGGCAGACCUCGCAUUUGUGUACGAAAGGAGUUCCGCAGCAUGCUCAGCCCACCGAACAUACUUUCGAAGUCCUGCACUGCUCCUUCAUCGGUCUUGUGUGCAGAUAGAAAGGUGUCUGCGGCAUGUUCUGAUUUUGAUUUGGUGCGGCUGUCGGCAAAUCCGAAACUAAAGCCCUACGUUUUGCUGCCCAAGAUUCCAAUCAGAAAGACCGAUGAUCCUGGGCGCGAAGGGCUUUGCCUGCAGCAAAAUGACAAUGAAGUACCAGGUGUAUCUAGCUUGCGAUCAGAGGCUGUUGCCAGUGCCGAUGCUCUGCUGGGUGAGGCUCGGAAAAGUCGGCGUGGUGCUCUGGGGAUCGGCUGGUGCUGUAGUGCCAGUUGCAGCUCGUCUUUCUGGUCGUGGGAGGAAUUUGUGCAGCACUUUAGAGCGUCUCACUCUAAGGGAAGUGCAGCUCUGUGCGACCUUUGUCUGUUUUAUCCAGAGCAUAUGGAUACCCAUAUGCUGAUGCAUAGAUCUGUGUGGGAGAAGUAUGGAUGUCCUAUCUGCACUGCACAAUUUCUAACUGGAGAAGACCUGCAUCACCAUCGUCGUCUGUACCACCGCAUUUAUGCUUAAUAUUUCUAGUAUACUGUUACCUCUAUAGCUUUAUAUU